AUCUGGGUUCUUCUUCCCGAUGUGCGGCAGCCAUCAUCUCGGGGCGUCGAAGCGGACGAGGAUCGUUCUCCGCGUCCCCCCCCCGCCCUUCGCCCCGCAGUGCCGUAGUCGGUGUGAGCAGGCGGGCCCGGCCGGGGUGACGUCACUUCCGGUGGGCGCUCUCCCUGCGGUCCGCGCGGCCCUGCGGUGGAGGGGUUUUCAUGGUUUGGCCUGCAAGAUGCAUCCGGAUUUGUCUCCACACCUGCACACUGAAGAAUGCAACGUAUUAAUCAACCUGCUCAAGCAGUGUCACAGAGAGCACAACGUCCUGAAGUUUUUCGGUCACUGCAACGACAUGGAUCGGGAGAUGCGGAAAUGCCUGAAGAAGGAGUACCAAGAAAAGAGAGCUAAGAGUCAGGCGUUUGGGAGAGAGAUGCAACGGAGGCUCAUGAACGCCUCAGAAGAGUCGAAGAAUUGAGCCGCGCCGGAGAGCGGGGCCCAAAGCUUGAAGGAAAAUACGGACGCUGGGCCGAGGGCUUCGAGAUAGCCUUCAUUUGGAUGACGAAAAUGAUUUUCCUGCCGGUUAGCGCCGGUAAUAAAAAUAGAGUUGGGCGGGCCAGGUA